CAACUCAGUGAUCAAAUACUUAGAAAGUAAAUUAAGGAAAGAAUUUUUCAUUUUUUUGGGUAAUUUUAUAAAUAUUAAAACAUAAUGGAGUGGAAAAAGGGUUACUUGGAUGUGAUUUUGGUGCCCAUUGGGUGUUUAAUAUGCAUAGGGUAUCAUGUUUGGUUGUGGCAUAAGGUCCGGACACAGCCGCUCACAACCAUCAUCGGAACCAACGCCGUCGGCCGCCGUUUGUGGGUCUCCGCCAUCAUGAAGGACAAUGAGAAGAAGAACAUAUUGGCGGUCCAAACACUGCGGAACUCAAUAAUGGGAUCAACCCUAAUGGCCACCACCUCCAUCCUCCUCUCCUGCGGCCUCGCCGCCAUCAUAAGCAGCACCUACAGCAUCAAAAAGCCUCUCAACGACGCCGUCUAUGGGGCCCACGGGGAGUUCAUGGUGGCCCUCAAGUACGUGGCCCUCCUCCUCGUCUUCGUCUCCUCCUUCGUCUGCCACUCCCUCUCCAUCCGGUUCGCGAACCAGGUCAACUUCCUGGUCAACUGCCCGCCGGACCCCACCGGGAUUGUGGGCCCGGGGUACGUGACGCGGUUGCUGGAGACGAGCUUUGCGCUGAAUGCGGUGGGGAACCGGUUGUUCUACUCGGCGCUGCCCAUGUUGUUGUGGAUUUUCGGACCCGUGUUGGUCUUCUUGUGCUAUCUCACCAUGGUGCCUCUCUUUUACAACCUUGACUUUGUUUUCCACGUUGAUAAUAAGGGGAUAAAGAAGGAUGAUCCAUACAACAAUAAUGAUCAUAUUCACAAUCCAAAUACCAUAAACGAUUUGAGUUGGGAAACAAACGUAAAGGUUGAAGCUAACCAGGACCCAUGUUCAGACUUCAUAGGCGGGAAGGGAGAACAAUGGAAUGUAAUUUUCUUAACAUUUCUUAUCCUCAUUCCUCACAAUAGCAGUAAUGGCAACCCAUUUGGCUCGCACAAUCCAAUGGCGAUGGUUGGAGUCAAUUUCUCUUAUUUGGAUGAAGGAAAGUCGUUCAUUUGGCUUUUCCUAGAAACCUAUGAUAAGGGAGAAAGAGGAGAAAUGUGGGGCUCCAUGCCAACAAUGAAUGUUCAGGCUGGGAAAGAGAGAAAUAAGUUGGUAGCCGUGGCAAUCGACAAAGACAGAGGAAGCCAAAUGGCUCUAAAAUGGUCCCUUGACAAUCUCAUUGCCAAAAACCAGACCAUUGUCUUAGUCCAUGUUAAUCUUACCCAAAGACCAAACCAGGAUCACGGCGUGUACGACGAAAAUGGAUUGACAAGUAGAGAAAUGGAUCCGCAGUCAAAAGACCUGUUUCUUCCCUUCCGUGUCUACUGUACGCGCAAAGAUGUAAGAUGUCAUGAAGUUUUGUUAGAGGAUUUAGACCCUGUUAAGGCAAUUGUUGAAUAUGUAAACCGCGUAGGAGUCGAGAUAUUGAUUCUUGGUGCUGCUGCUAAAGGCGGUCUUCUCAGAUUCAAAGCAAAAGAUAUUCCUGGAAAUGUGUUGAAGGGGGUACCUGAUUUCUGCACUGUAUAUGUGAUCUCAAAAACUGGAAAGAUAUCUUCUACCCGAUCUGCUUCUCGUCCGGUCCCAUUCACCCAUCCUCUCCGUCACCAGCUGGAUUCCACCAAACCAAAUGCAGCAGGGACUCUGUUUCCUUCAAAAACUGUUGAACUUCCUGGAGAUUCAAGAUCAAUAUCCGAACCAUCUUCAGCCAGGUCAAAGAAUGAUAUAAAGUCUCCUUUCACUCACAGGAGAGCACCAAAUGGGAAACCAUAUGAACUCUCAAGACCGGAUAAUGACAUAUCCUUUGUGAGUUCUGGUAGGGCGAGUGUUGACAGUUGUUUCCCUUCGUACAAUGACAGCUUUGAAGACGGUCCUACCCCUCCCCGGCUCUCGGGCUUCUCAGAAUUUGAGACUAAUAGUUUUGAAUCCUCCAACUUUGGUCGGAGAUCGGUGGACUUGUCACCUUCUGAGCUAUCAUUUGUUUCAAUGGACAGUGAUAGAAUGUCUAUAUCAGGAAUGGAUGACGUCGAAGCAGAAAUGAGAAGGCUAAAGCAGGAGCUUAAGCAAACAAUGGAAAUGUAUAGUACAGCUUGUAAGGAAGCACUUAGUGCAAGACAAAAGGCAAUGGAGCUCCAACGCUGGAAAAUGGAAGAACAGAAAAGAUUAGAAGAGGCGCGAUUAGCUGAGGAAGCUGCAUUAGCUCUUGCAGAGAAAGAAAAAGCCAAAUCUAAGGUGGCCAUAGAACAUGCAGAGGCUGUUCGAAGGAUUGCUGAAUUAGAAGCCGAGAAGAGAAUUAGUGCAGAAAUGAGAGCUUUGAGAGAAGCAGAUGAGAGGAGUACCGUGAUGGGCCAAAUGUCACAUACAUGCUUCAGAUACAGGCGAUACACCAUUGAGGAGAUUGAAGCAGCAACAGAUAACUUCUCAAAAUCUCUCAUAAUUGGAGAGGGUGGGUAUGGGCCAGUUUAUAAAUGCUAUAUGGACCACACAUCUGUUGCAGUUAAGGCCCUUCGUGCAGAUGCAGCACAUGGAAGACAACAGUUUCAGCAAGAGGUUGAAGUGUUGAGCUGCAUAAGGCAUCCUAAUAUGGUGCUUCUUCUAGGAGCGUGCCCCGAAUAUGGUUGCUUAGUAUAUGAAUACAUGUCAAAUGGAAGCUUAGAAGACCGCCUGUUUCAGACUGGUAAAACCCCACCACUCUCCUGGCAGCAGAGGUUUCGAAUCGCAGCUGAAAUUGGGACAGGGCUUCUGUUUCUGCACCAGACCAAACCAGAACCGAUAGUGCACCGCGAUUUAAAACCAGGAAACAUACUGCUGGACCGGAAUUUUGUGAGCAAGAUCAGCGAUGUUGGCUUGGCUAGAUUGGUCCCUCAUUCAGUGGCCGACACAGUUACCCAGUAUAGAAUGACAUCAACUGCCGGAACUUUCUGUUACAUUGAUCCUGAAUAUCAGCAAACAGGAAUGCUUGGCAUAAAAUCCGACGUGUAUUCCUUGGGGAUCAUAUUUCUACAGAUACUCACAGCAAAACCACCAAUGGGUUUGACUCACCUGGUUGAAAGGGCAAUUGAGGCUGGCACCUUUGCUGAAAUGCUUGAUCCUGCAGUGACCAAUUGGCCUGUCGAAGAGGCUUUGAGCCUUGCCAAGUUAUCGUUAAAAUGUGCUGAGCUUAGAAGGAAAGACAGACCGGAUUUGGGGCAGGUAGUGAUGCCUGAACUUGAGAAAUUGAGAGCACUUGCUGAGGAAAACACGUUUCCCUCGUCUUUGUAUUAUCCUGGCUGCUCUCCAAACCAUAGCCAAGUUUCUGUGUCUCAAGAAAAUCUGAGCUACCCUACAACUGGUCAUUCUGGAUAUGAUAGCUACAGAAGUUCAUCAAGCAAUGGGUUGUAGCAAGUCAAAACUUGGAAGCAAAGCAUGGAAAGCCAUUUUAUUUGCAAACUGUGCUUGAUUUUUCCCUAUUUCAUUGCGUUAAACCCAUCCCCCACCCCUAUAAUUAUGUUUAGCAUUAGGUGUUUUCGGGCAUCGUCAUAUUUGUCAUCCGUAAAGAGAAGGUACAUAGGUUCAAAAUGAACAAAAAAAAAGAAGUAUGAAUUUG